AAGUUUUCUUUUUCAAUGUGUCAGUAGCUGGUCUACUACUUAGAAACUCUAAAACUGACAACGAUCAACAAACCAAAAUUUCAAACUUCAGUUAAUCAGAAUUUCAAAUACUUGUUGAAAAAUGGCUGAAUCAAAUAUUGGAAGUGAAGUUGUCAGUGCUGAAACUCGACAGAAAAUUGUGGAACAGUUUAAACUCCACAUAUCUGGUGCAACAGCUGUGGAAUUAGAAAAUAGUAUCUAUGCCAGAAGCUCCAACCAUAAAGAUUACAUGGCUGAUGUACAUGCUUCCUAUAAGAAACUCGAAGCAAUGAAACAGUUAAGACCGCUGCAGCAACAACAGGGCGGCACCUCAACAAUGUCUGUGCCACAGAAUUUUGUUGACCCAGCACUCCACCAACAGUCUCUAUCUGAUCCAAUCAAUGCUCUGCAACAUUUGACUAAGCAAGGCCAGUCUCCGUUGCAGUCGAAUCAAAUGGUUAGGCCGCCCGGUCAGGUGCCAGCUGUGUUGCAGCCAAGAUAUCCAACACAUCCUGGUGCUGUUCCUGGAGGGUUGGGAGUUAGGAUUGUGGGGCAACAGGUAUUAAAAGGUGAUGUCUUGAUGGGUCAACAGCAGCAGAAUCGUAUGCCAGCCGUUGUACAGGCCAACCAAAUGAUGGCAUCAGACCAGUUUCAAGGUGGAAUCCCAGGGCAAUUCCAAUCGCACAUGCAGAGCAGGAUGCAACAAUUCAAUCAGCAGGUGGCCGGCAGUCCAGGUGGCGGGCAGGCACAACAGCACCUACUGCCAUCGCCUGGCUCCAGUAUGACGGUCCCUUCACCGAGUAAUUUGAAUGCUGUCAACCCCUCACCAUCCAUGCAACAACAGAUGAUGAUAGGUUUGUCACCAUCAUCUCGGAUGUCUCUACCGUCACCUGGUAGUCAUCUCAACACCCCUGCGAGUGAGGAGCAGGAAUAUUUGCAGAAGUGGGAGCAACUGCAGAAGUACCUGGAACCCCUGAAGAAGAUGAUUUUGAAGAUUGAUAAAGAUGAAGAUAGGAAGAUGGAUAUGAACAAGAUGAAGAACCUACUGGAUAUACUGUCAGAUAGGUCAAAAAGGUUGCCGUUGAGUACCUUGCUCAAAUGCGAAUCAGUGUUAGAGAGGCAGCUGAACGUCCCUUCUUCGCCGUCUGCAGCUGGUCAUUCAGGGUCAGCUGGUGGCAGCAGCUCGUCAGCUGAGGAACCCCUUGCGAUGGGCCAGGAACUGUACGAUGUCCUGAAGGCCAACAUCAAGAGGCCUGAUUUCCACGACGUCCUCAAGAAAACAUUUGAAGGGGCUGUCAGGUUGAUCCCCAUGCCCGAGCAUAUAGAAUACAAGAGAACGAAGUCAAAAUUGCCGAAGUACUCUCCGGCUGUCAGACCUUUAAGGAAAACUGCAGAGUCAUAUACAAGCUCUGAUCUCAUUCUCCAGAGAAAUGUGCUAGGAAAUGACGAAAUCAACGAAAGCAUACAGAACGAGGUGUUGUACCUAGAUGAUAGGUAUCUCAUUCAAUUGGAUACAAUGCACAUUACCGGAUCAGAAAGCAUUCUGCUAUCUUGUACUUUCGAUGAUCUAAAUUUACCAAAAGUUCCAAGCCUGAUCAUCCAAGUGCCAUCAACCUACCCUAACUCAUUCAAUCCUCAAGUCUUAUAUUUAGAGAACAAUCUUGAGACUUCCCCGUUCUUCGAUCGUUUGCGCGCGAACAUGCUGCGAGAAGUGGGUCGCCUCGGUAAGAAACAUUCCCUGACGGAGUUGCUCGUCUUAUGGGAAAGAGUCAUAAAAAUGUCUAUCACGACUAACACAUCGUUAGAAGUCACGUCAGAAUAUCCACACCUUCCUGAAAGUUCCAUCUCUGAUUAAAUUUGGGAGCACUUUCAAAUUUUUUACACGCUAUAAAAUAACAGUAUCGAUCGAUCAAUUAACUGAUUGGACGUUUUUUAUUUUGUAAGAAUUUUGUUGACAUGCAUUUUUUCCCUAUAUGUUUACAUACAUAUAUAUAUAUAUACAUAUUUGUUGUAAAUUAGAGAUGCACAGAAUAUUUGACUCCCGAAAUUUGAUAGUGGGUUUCGGCCAUUUUUAAAGGCUGAAGAACCAAAUGUUGCAAUUUCCGUUUAAGCCGUCAAUUUUUUUUAUUUCAGAACAUUAAUGGUUGAUUAUUAUUAUUAGCAGAAAAUUUAUUUUGGACAUCGCAGCUGUUAAAACAUCUGGGUUUGAACACAAAAUUUAAUAUUAUUUCGAUUAUGUGUUAUUGGCUAGACAUGAAUAGCCUUCAAAAUUGUUGGUAAUUUGGUAUUCGGUUGAGUAGUAAAUCAGAUAUUAAGUAGCAGAUCAAAUAAUUUACUAUUUGGUGCAUAUCUAAUAUAAGUACACAUGAAAUAUAUUUAUAUACAUAGUUUGUUUGUAGAACAUUGUGUGCGAUUUUAUACUUUGGUUCGUUGAUACGCACACAUUCUUCACUCACAUGUUAUAUGCAUUGAAUAUCAAAACGUAGAACAUCACCGUUUAAAAAAUACAUCUAAUGUAUUUUGAAAAAACAAAA